UAAUUAAUUUGAAAAGAAGGUGCUCCAGUUGGUGAAAAUUCUUAAUUAAGAUCAUUAAUUACCGAUAAUUUUCGCGUUUCAAUAAUUUGUGGAUAGAAUGUCUGGUGGCGUGUUACUAAGCAAGGAUUUGCCCGACAUUGAAAAUGUACUGCUUCUCAAUCCUAAGGUGAGGGACUACACUAAUUUAGUGCCAUCCCUGGAGACUAAGAAAAAUAAACUACACUGGAAGCGUAAUGUUGAAGAGAAAUGCAGUAGUUGCACGUUGACAAACAACUUCGACGAUAUAAAACACACGACUCUGAGCGAGCGUGGAGCCCUGAAGGAGUCCGCCCGGUGUUUAAAAUGUGCGGACGCUCCCUGCCAGAAGGGUUGUCCCACUCAGAUCGAUAUCAAGUCCUUCAUAACUUCGAUAUCUAACAAAAAUUACUAUGGUGCCGCCAAGGAGAUCCUAUCUGAUAAUCCGCUGGGUCUGACCUGCGGUAUGGUGUGUCCAACGAGUGACUUGUGUGUAGGAGGAUGUAAUUUAGCAGCUACUGAAGAAGGACCCAUCAACAUCGGAGGUCUUCAGCACUUUGCCGUUGAUAUUUUCAAAAAGAUGAACAUUAAACAGACUAGAAUCCCGGGAAGUUUUGUGAAGCACGCAGAAACAAAGAUGGCAAUAAUGGGCUGUGGCCCAGCAUCCCUUUCCUGUGCUACAUUUCUCGGACGACUGGGGUACAAAAACAUCACGAUCUUCGAGAGAGAGAAUUUUCCCGGAGGUCUGAGUUCUUCUGAAAUACCACAAUACCGUUUGCCGUACGAUGCUGUCAGUUUCGAGAUCAAUCUGGUUAAAGAUCUUGGAGUGGAGAUCAAGUACGGAAGAUCAUUGUCGACGGACGACUUGACUAUUGAAAAGCUGAAAGAUUCCAAUUACGAGGUAAUUUUUCUGGGAAUCGGUCUUCCCCAACCGAAACUCAUUCCAAUUUUCAAAGGUCUGGACGAACAAAUGGGCUUUUUCACCUCAAAGAGCUUUCUCCCUCGAGUUUCUAAAGCCAGCAAACCCGACAUGUGCGCCUGCAAAAGCUCGAUUCCAGCCCUUCACGGCAACGUCAUUGUUCUGGGCGCAGGUGACACCGCAUUUGAUUGUGCAACCUCGGCAAUCCGCUGUGGCGCCAAAAGAGUUUUUGUCGUUUUUAGGAAGGGUUUCACUAAUAUUCGAGCAGUUCCGGAGGAGAUGGACCUCGCCCGUGAGGAGAAAUGUGAGUUCGUUCCUUUCCAAUCUCCUCAAAAGGUAAUCCUCCAUCCAAAGUCCAGGAAAAUUAUCGCGAUAGAGUUCGCCAGAACCGAGCAAAUGGACAACGGCGAGUGGAUUGAAGAUCUCACCCAGAUAAGCCGGAUGAAGGCGGACUUUAUCAUUUCUGCUUUUGGAUGUAGCCUCAACGAUUCCAAAAUUAUCUCUGCAAUGUUUCCACUGAAAUUUACUAAGUGGGGUCUUCCUGAAGUAAAUCCCAUCACCAUGGAGACUUCCCAUCCAGCCGUUUUCUGUGGAGGUGAUCUCGCGGGAGUUGCCCAAACAACAGUUGAAUCCGUUAAUGAUGGAAAAGUAGCAGCGUGGAGCAUCCACAAAUACAUUCAAGAGUCGCACAACGAAAAAGUUUCAGAGGUCCCUCAGCUCCCAAAAUUCCACACGGACAUCGACGAAGUCGAUCUUAGCAUCGAAUUAUGCGAUCUUCACUUUGAAAAUCCAUUUGGGCUAGCGUCAGCACCACCUGCCACUACUAGCGCCAUGAUCCGCAGGGCUUUCGAAGCUGGCUGGGGUUUCGUUGUGACGAAAACCUUUAGUUUGAACAAAGAUAUGGUCACUAACGUCUCUCCAAGAAUAAUUAAAGGCACAACUUCAGGUCAUCAUUAUGGUCCAGAACAGAGCAGUUUCCUCAACAUUGAAUUAAUAUCGGAAAAAUCGGCCGCCUACUGGUGUCGCAGUGUGACAGAGUUGAAGCGGGAUUUCCCUACAAAAAUCAUCAUUGCCAGCAUCAUGUGUGCUUAUCAGCAAGCGGAUUGGACGGAAUUAUCAAAGUUAGCUGAAUCCGCUGGGGCUGACGGUCUAGAAUUGAAUCUCUCGUGCCCACACGGUAUGGGGGAAUCAGGGAUGGGUCUGGCGUGCGGUCAAGAUCCGAUUUUAGUCCGCGAUAUAUCCCGAUGGGUCAGGCAAGCUGUGAAAAUACCAUUCUUCGUGAAGCUUACACCAAACAUCACGGAUAUCGCUACCAUUGCGAGGGCAGCUCAGGACGGUGGUGCCUCAGGUGUGUCCGCAAUUAAUACAAUUUCAGGAUUAAUGGGCGUUCGCGGUGAUGGAAGCCCCUGGCCAGCCGUCGGCAGCAAAAAGUUAACGACCUACGGGGGCAUGUCCGGAAAUGCCACGAGACCACAGGCACUCCGAGCUGUUUCGACAAUUGCAAAAGAGUUACCCGAUUUUCCAAUUAUGGGAAUAGGAGGUGUCGACUCUGCAGAUGUGACGCUUCAGUUCUUACACUGUGGCGCUUCUGUCGUGCAGGUAGGAAGCGCUAUCCAGAAUCAAGACUUUUCCAUCAUUGAGGAUUACAUAACAGGAUUGAAGGCUCUGUUGUACCUCCAAGGGAAGGGCUUGAAUGGUUGGGAUGGACAGAGCCCUCCGACGAUGAAGCAUCAAAAGGGGAAGCCUCUUCUUUAUCAUGCGCUUGGAAAGCACGUACCUUACUUCGGGGAGUAUCAGCUAAUGAGGCUAAAAGCAGAGGCAGAACUUAAAUCUAGAUCGGAUCCGCUUGCGGCUGAUCGCCAUCAAAAUAAAGGAAUACAAAUGAUGGAGAGUGAUUCGGAGAGAGGUUUAAAUAUUCUUACGGUGAAAGAUGUUAUUGGAAAGUCAUUGAAUCAUAUUGGGCCUUACAAGGACCUGGACAACACACAACAGGUGGUUGCGCUGAUCGAUGACGAUAUGUGCAUCAAUUGCGGCAAGUGCUAUAUGACUUGUGCUGAUUCCGGGUAUCAGGCCAUUGAAUUUGAUGCGGAAACACACAUUCCGCAUGUCAAUAACGAUUGCACCGGGUGUACCCUGUGCGUGUCUGUGUGCCCAAUCAUCGAUUGCAUAAUGAUGGUGCCCAAGACUAUUCCACAUGUUGUGAAAAGAGGAAUCUUACCGGUUGGAGGUGAUGUUCGUAAUGAUGAUGGGAACUAUUGUGAAUUUUAAUGCAAAAUACUCAAGAAUGAAUGUGGUAAAGCUUGCUUUUUGGCCUUAAUUUAUUGUGUUGAUUUCGAACUAUUAAUAUUUUUUUCCUGAGGUCUUCUAGUAAUUUGGAUUGUCGAACCACUGUAGACACUUUGGUUGAGUCGUAUUGAGAUUGUAUGAUAAGCAUUUUUUCUCGAACAGUUGUUUUCUGCAAGUUUAAUGCACGAUCAUUGCAGCAGAUUCAUUCCCCAUGAGGGAAAGGGCAGUUUCUUUUAAAAACUGAAUAAUUUCAAUUUUUAUAUUAUGCCGAAUUAUUACUGUAAUUAUUAUAGACAAAAGGAGCAUCGAAAUCUAAAAUUUGACUCAACAAUGUAUUCAUUUUAUGGAAAUUAAUUUGAAUUACUUCACAUAUAUGUAUGUAGAAACAGUAUUCACUAAAGAUAGUGAAUAUAUUUUUUCAAAAUAGAAAAUAAAAAGAGAUGAAAAAUGUUA